AUGCGCGUCCUCGCUGGGGACGACGUACGCGUCCAAGCCCUGCUUCUUCAUGAUGGCGCGCAGGGCCGAGACACGCGCCGUGGCAGACAUGGCGUCGAUGUCGCUCGGCAUGGCGCCUUCGGGUGCUCCGUUUUCGCGUGUGCGCUUCAUUUUCGGGGUAGAUGGGGAUCCAAGGGAGGAUCUAAGGGGUGGAUGAGGUGGAUGAGGUGGAGGGGAACGAUGGAGAUCGCAAAGAGCGUAGGGCAAGUGUUGGUUACAAAAUGA